ACCCAAGGUUCACACUGGACUCUUAUCGCCAGAUUUUCAAAUCGCGACACCAAGAACUGGAUGCGAGACGAUGGACACUGGUGGUAUGACCAAAAUGCUUCCAUGGGAACAACAACUGAUCCGUCAGUCAAUACGGAUAUGAUCUCACCAGCUUUCUGGUUGGUCAGCGGCAGAGAGUUUAAGGUCACGCGCAGUGAUGACUCCAGUCACACGCCUCUACUGCAGACCACAGGGAACUGUUUGGGUGGACAAACAUUUCGAUCAAAAGUAACAAGUUAUGGCGACUUUAGAAAUGGCAAGGUUUGGUCCAGUAAAAGGGGCCUAGGAAGCUGCACGGUUCAGUAUGGCGGUCAGUACAAGACAACACACGGGUUUGGUCAGGCUGAGUGCAGCAGCAACAUCCAAAGCAGCAACAAGAUCGGUUUCUGGUGUGACUGGGAUGGUGGUGAUGGAUCAGUGAUGAUGAUUGGUGGAGGAGGAAGUGGCUGUGAUCGUGCUGAUCACGGGAUCGGAAUAACAGAAACAGGGGAUGCUUCUUUUGUUGAAGUUGGCUACACUGAAACUGAAUAUGACUUUGGAAAUGACGCUGAUACAAGGACACCUCCAACCAAGUCAUACUCAUUAAACUUGUGGAUCCGUUGAUUCUAAGCUUGCUUUGUAAAUUCAAAUGCGUUUAGAGCCAUUUUCUGCUCUGAAAACUUUCCUCCCCACGAAAUACGGAGGAUUAAGAGUUAGGCAAGAUUUCUGAUAUAUCUAUUCCAAUUAAUUGUUUUAGUUUUAUUCAGCUUCAUCAAAGGCCCGGUAAAUACCACAAUCAAUUUUUCAGAUUUUAAUUCACCACCAAUAUAUUGUCUAUUACAACGCAGAACUCAGCCACUGAAGAAUCUGAGUAGUUCUUAUGUUUCGGGUGUUCUUAUUGAAUUUAUGGAUAUUUGUUGUCUUUUGUUAAAUUUGCAGUUGAGCGUAAUGACCCAUUCCAAGCGAAUAAACAGCGCAUGCACAGAAGAUUCACAAGCUACAUAUACAGGCUAUUUUACAGUUUUGUGUUCAGUUGUCCUGGUCUUUGAAUAGAAGCGAGGCUGGACCUUCCUCUUUUUAAAGUCAAAUCGUGUUAUCCUCAUGCGAUCAGGCCGUGAGCAUGAUCAUUUACAUGACUAACAUGCGAAAAAUAGGCAAAGGUGACCUCUGGCCUCGCUUCCGAGGGCAGGACAAUGAAGGCAUAACCGUAAAAUGGCCUAUUCAGAGUUAUUGUAGUAAAAUUGAAUUUGACCUACUCCAUCUCAUUCCUACCCAUUAAAGACGAAUGGAUGGAAUCUUUUUCGUUGAUCAUAACCCUAUGUAUUUGCUCAGUUCGGUUUGAUUUCAGUGAAGCAAAACUUGGUCGUACGGCUAGAACAUUACCCACCGAUCAAGCAGUGAGUGCAUCUGCUAAGUUCUUCAUUUUGUUUAUCAAUCACUAUCAAAACAUCGGCUCAAAAUCUUAUAGUUAGGUGCGUAGGACACCAAUUGUUCGGCUCCUUACCCAUUACUUUCGCAAUCAAAGGUGGAUACGGUCUUUUUUCGUCCCCGAAAAGAAAGGAAGAGGAACAAGGGCUUAUUCCCUGACCAGCCGCUGAUAAUCCAGCUUAGAAGGGAGGACAUCUUGAAGGAUCUUUGAGGGAAAUCAAUUGGGCCCAGGUUCCACUUUCCUCUUUACCGCAACCGCCCCCCCUCCCUUCCCCCAACCCUACGCGUACUCUAGAAUCUCACCAGUUUUGUCACGAGGUCAGAAAUUUGAUCCAGCUGAGUAUACGAUAACGUAUUUACCUCAAGAUAUUAAAUAAGCCUUUUCCUAGGAGAAAAGCGGAAGAGGGGAAUAAGAAAAGUAACAUUUUCUCUGUUCUGAAAAGAGUUCUGACCAUACUCAAGCUCCUCUGCAUGAAAAUGGAAUCCCAAAGCAAAUCAUCGUCCAGUGUAACGACAUUUUCUCUAAAAGUUCUUGGCUUUUUCCUUUUUUAUCUAUGUCGUUAACGAUUGCGUUGUUUCUGCGAAUGGAAGCCAUAAACAAUAAGACAGAGAUUAAUCGAAUGCGGAUUUACAAAGUUGAAAGCCAAAUAAAGAUUGUGAUGACCCUCCAUACAACCGAUGUCGAGAACGUGAAAAUGUUCCAAGGAAGGCGUGGGUCCGCUCUAACUUUUUUUGCAACUUCAAGUUCAGAAUCAAAAUAGUUCGCCGUGGAAAAAUGAUGAAGCGUUUUUAUAAAAUCAUUACCGGGUACUUUGGAGCCUAAUACAGAAUGAAAAAGGACACGCAUGGCCCCCAUUUUGUGAUCAUGCGCUAUUAUUUUUCAGACUUUUAAGACAAAUGCUGCAGAGUAAUAAUUUAGUUGGCGUUCAUUUAACGAGUGACGAGGAUUUUGACGAGCCAACAAAAAACAGUGGCAAGACAACACAAUUACCCUUUCAGUAUGAAACAUGUCUCUAAUUUCAAAACGACGCAAUUUAAAGCAUUUACUCAAAUUCUUCUCGAGAUAACGACAAAAAUCUUUGUUUCCUUAACUUUUAGAUUGUCGUUUAAAAGAAAACCAGUUAAAACGAUAAAAGCUGUAUUCCAUUUGAUGUGGGUUUCACAGUCAAAAUAAUCACAACAACAGGACGUAGGAAACUUUAUUUAACGUCAUUUGAUACUGCUGCACUAAAACCAAAUAACCCAUUUUCCUGUUUUGAUAUAAGAUGGGGAGAAUUUUCCAGAAGGAUUUGCAUAAUAUGAUCUCACCAGCUUUCUGGUUGGUCAGCGGCAGAGAGUUUAAGGUCACGCGCAGUGAUGACUCCAGUCACACGCCUCUACUGCAGACCACAGGGAACUGUUUGGGUGGACAAACAUUUCGAUCAAAAAUCACAAGUUAUGGCGACUUUAGAAAUGGUAAGGUUUGGUCCAGUGACAGGUGCCUUGGAAGCUGCACGGUUCAGUAUGGCGGACAGUACAAGACAACAGACGGGUUUCAACAGGCUGAGUGCAGCAGCAACAUCCAAAGCAGCAACAAGAUCGGCUUCUGGUGUGACUGGGAUAGUGGUGAUGGAUCAGUGAUGAUGAUUGGUGGAGGAGGAAGUAGCUGUAGUCGUGCUGAUCAUGGGAUUGGAAUUAAAGAAACUGACUAUGCUUCUUUUGUUGAACAUGGCAGCAAUGAAAUUGAAUAUGACUUUGGGUAUGACGCUCAAACAAACAAUCCUCCAUCCAAGUCCUACUCAUUAAACUUGUGGAUUCGUUGA